GCGCCAGUGACUACUAUUGCUCCAGGUUACCAUGUGGAGGCGUCUUGGAGUAGAUAUCACAGGACUUCAGACGCUGAUGAUCACCAAUACCUUCAAGUUACCAUACAGACGCCCCGCGUGUUCUCCGACGGGUAAACAAACUAAGAGACUCACUUCGAAUGGUCCAAAUUAUAUGAUGACAAAGAACACGAUCAGUGAACAAUGAUUUAUUAACCAGCAACUCUGGCAUUUCUGGCACGUAAAGGGCGAACCCAGAGCGCGCCGAGUGAGAAUGCUCAGGAUUUCAACUGAAGUCGAAACUGAAGUGCAAGAGGUUGGAUUGGCAAAGGAAGCCCGCACUAACAAAAAGAGAACGGCUGAUGUCUCCACUCUUACCCACUAUUAACGGCAUUCCUGAACUUCGAUUCGUCAGCCCUCCUGGAGCAACUCAACCAUCUCAAGCUCUUCUUGUGUCCGAGUCUUGAACUCUUCCUUCCUCUCUUAGUUUCUCUAGUCGUCAUUUGGGGGAAAGAAGAUUAUCAUAUAUCCCCUUCAAAAACGACAUUACGACUCAUCCAAUCCUACACGCUCCUCUCUUGCAGAGUUCUACCGCAAGGCCACCACAGCUAUGGACUUCAACAGCUCUUUGCCUCACCCAGCGGGUGUUAUCUCGUUCCUCGACACCGAUCUGUACAAGUUGACGAUGCAAUGCGCCGUUCUCAAAUACUUCAAAGACGUACCCGUCACCUACUCGUUCACAAACCGCACUCCCGAGAAGAAGUUGUCGCGCGAAGCCUUCGUCUGGCUCGAAGAACAGGUUAUGAAGCUCGGGAAUAUCAGCCUAUCCCCCGAGGAGCUCCAGUUCCUCAAGACUCACUGCCCUUACCUAACCGAAGAGUAUCUUGAUUACCUUUCCGAGUUCCGCCUUCGGCCGCGAGAGCAGGUCGCCGUUUCCUUCCGCCCUGAUGGUGACUCAGAUCUCGGUGAUAUCCACUAUGAUAUUAAGGGCAAUUGGGCCGAGACUAUUCUCUACGAAAUUCCGCUUCUCGCACUCACUUCGGAAGCCUACUUCAAGUUCAUGGACACGGACUGGGAUUAUGAUGGCCAGGAAGAGAAGGCCUAUGAGAAGGGCAUGCGCCUGCUCGAGGCUGGUUGCGUGUUCUCGGAAUUCGGAACCCGCCGGCGCCGCGACUACCACACGCAAGCUUUGGUGUUUAGGGGUCUCACCAAGGCGGCCAAGGAAGCCGAGAAGAGAGGCCUAACCGGCAAGCUCUCCGGCACUAGCAAUGUUCACCUUGCCAUGCGCUUCAACAUCCCACCCGUUGGCACCGUUGCGCACGAGUGGUUUAUGGGUAACGCCGCCAUCCUUGGAGAUUACAAGUCCGCUACAGAGGAAGCCCUUUCCCGCUGGGUUGGAUGCUACGGCCCUGGCGUCCUCGGCAUUGCGCUCACAGAUACCUUUGGAACCCCUGAAUUCCUUAGGGCGUUUAGCAAGCCAAUGUCGGCAUCUGGAGAGCCCGUACCACAGCCAAGGGAUCGCAAGAUCAGCACGGCCGAUGCCUUCAUCUCGGCAGCGAAAGAUUUCAUCAAGGACCUCCAUCCCGACAAGACCUAUGCCCAAGUUUUCACGGGUGUCCGCCAGGAUUCGGGAGACCCCAAGGAGUUUGUCAAGCUCAUGCGCAAGUUCUAUGAUGAACAGGGCAUCAAGGACAAAAAGGUUAUUGUCUUUUCCGACUCGCUGGAUAUUGACAGGUGCUUGGAGUACAAGGAGGUUGCUGAAGCGGCCGGCUUCCAGCCAACUUUUGGUGUCGGUACCUACUUUACCAAUGACUUUGUCCACAAGGCUACUGGCAAGAAAUCCACGCCUCUGAAUAUUGUCAUCAAGCUGAGCUCGGCUGCCGGAAAUCCAGCAGUCAAGAUCAGUGACAACGUGGGAAAGAACACAGGCGAUAAGGCGACGGUCGAGAAGGUCAAGCGAGAGCUCGGAUACGUCGAAAAGGAUUGGAGCGAGGGUGAUGAGUCGGCAAGAUGGGGUCACGAUGGUGAUGCUGCCACGGCAUGAGUCUUGAGUUUUGGUCUUCAGGUUUUGGGAGGUUAUACAUGCAUGCGACUGCUUUUCUGCUCAUUCUCCUGGCGGUUCCGACGGCAAAUAUCUUACCGGGCCACACAAUGCAUUGGAUGCGGCUACCCUUGGGUAAAAGCUCAAGAUCUUGAGUCCAAGACCUAGUGGUGAUGAUCCACGGAUGUUCAGUUGA